CCUCUGUGUUUCAGUAGUUUAACUGGAGAAAGUAAUAAAGAUAGAAGGAGGUGGCGAAUAAUUCAGCAGAUUUCCGGAGUAGCGGUGUGAUAGACGUGUUUUCGCCACAUUACUGGAGAAUUAUACGAGUGAAUAGACAGAUAGCAUGCCAGUAGAAGUGCCUCCACUGCAGAUGAGGGAACAUGUUGGCUAUGGAUCAAGGAGUGGUGGAGGAAUGGCUAUCCGAAUAUAAGACACUCCCUGACAGUGCUGUGUCCUCCUACGCUGCUUCUCUAAAGGACAAAGGCGCUCUGAUCCCUGCACUUUAUAAAGUCAUCCGAGAGAACUAUAGUGAUUUGCUGGAGCCAGUGUGCCAUCAGUUGUUUGAGUUUUACCGGAGUGGUGAGCCACAGCUGCAGCGCUUCACCCUCCAGUUCCUCCCUGAGCUCCUGUGGAGUCUGCUGUCUGUCAGCGCUGCCAGAGACCCCCAUACCUCCGGCUGCAUAGAGGCCCUGCUGCUGGGCAUUUACAACCUGGAAAUAGUUGACAAAGAUGGACAGAGUAAAGUGUUAUCAUUCACAGUCCCCUCUCUCUCCAAACCGUCAGUAUAUCAUGAGCCUUCAACAAUUGGCUCCCUAGCGCUCACUGAAGGCGCUUUAGCCAAUCAUGGGUUGACCAGGGUAGUGUACAGUGGGCCACACUUACAAAGAGAAACCUUCACUGCACAGAACAAAUUUGAGGUUCUGACCUUUUUGCUGCUGUGCUACAAUGCUGCACUGAGCUACAUGAGCAUGACUUCGCUGCAGUCUCUGUGUCAGCUCAGCUCCAGAGUAUGUAUUUGUGGUUACCCACGGCAACAGAUGCGACGAUAUAAAGGCAUUAGCAUCCGUAUGACUGUUACAUCAGAGUUUCUGGUUCAGCUCAUCGCUGGGAUCCACUAUGCUUUGUGUAAUGGUGAAGUGGAGCUUGGAUCCAAAGCCUUGGAUGAUGUUUUGUACCGAGCCCAGCUAGAGUUGUUCCCUGAAGCACUUUUGGUGGGUAAUGCCAUCAAGUCAUCACUGCAUGGAGCUGCUUUGAAAAACAAUGCAAAAGAUGGUGGCAGGAGUAUCCAGGUCGAGAUCACGCCGACAUCCUCCAGGAUCUCACGAAAUGCUGUAACGUCCCUCUCCAUCAGGGGCCACAGGUGGAAACGACACGACGCAGUCGAUUUGGGUUCCCCGGAUGAGCUGAUGGAUAUUUCUGAGGUUGAUGAAGGAGUGUGGCCAGGAGGAGUGUGUCCUGAAACAACACCUACCAUCACUAUUAGCAACAGUGUGACCACUUUGAAUCUUGGAGCUAAAGCUAUGAAGAAAUGUCGGCUUGGUAGUCGUGCUAGCAAAGACAAGGAGACUGCACCUCAAAUUACAAACAGAGCAAACGGUGAGAAUGUGGAGCUGACCGUGAAGCGGCUGACCCUCACCUCCAGCCAGUCGGUCCCUAAGGGAGGAGCGCUCACCAGUCUGACCCGCACUGCCAGUGCUGUGUUCUCCCGAUCCUUUGAGCAGGUGGCCAGUGGCAAUUCUCCUAACAGCAACCACACCACUUCUGAAGCAGGCCGCUACUCGUGCAGCCUGCAGGAGGAAGGCCUAGGCUACCUGAGUCCCGGGCCCAACCAUACACAGCGUUCUCCCAGCAUUAGUGUCCAUCUCGGCUCUGAUCUUUAAAAAUGCUGGGACAUUUAACUAUCCACCACAUGCCUCACAAAGUGUGACCCUGCACCUGUGAUCUGGAACUCCAAGCCAUGCCAACUGCAACUCCAUUUUAAGUGUCUCAAUUUACAACCCUGCAUCAUUUAGACAUCUACAGUGUAUGUCUUAUCUAUUGUCUGGUGAGCCUGAUAAUGCAGGAUGUCAUAUGGUAUAUUGCAGUACAAUUGUGCCACAAAAAUUAUUCUCAGCUGCAGCUAUUGGGUGCCCUUACGACUCCGAACUGUAUUUGACAAUGUAUUUGAAGUCACUGCCCUGCAUGGCUUUCCCAUAUACCCAUUUUGACUGUCGUCAGUGGGCAAAAUGACUGUGAGAGCAUGUUUGUGUGUAUGGUUAUGUACUGUAUGUUUCUAUGUCUAUUUUUAAAAUCAAGGCUGCUGAUUGAUACAUUUACUGUAUCAUCCUCCUAGUGUUUCUACGAUUUUUAGAGAAAUAACCCAUAGCAAUACAAGUCUAUUCUAAGUGUUUUCCAUCUUUUGGAAAGAUUAUCUGUGUUUUUCAUCAAUACUGCUGUGCUUUACUGCUAAAUAUACAAAGAAUAAUUACUGCUAACUAAUCAUCAGAGCAGACAUUAUUGUGUUUAAUGUUUACAAUCACAGUUUCAUAAAAUAAAGCAAUAUUAGUUUAUUCUGGUCUUAGCACUUUUUUCCUGGUUCUGGUUGAUGAAUGGCAGGAUUGGAUCUGAUUUAUAAUUUGUUUCUAUAAGAUGGCUUUUAUUUGUGGCUUUCUUAUCUUUUUUUACGUUUAGGUUUUUUGAAUUGUAUAGAUGUACCAGCCCUAAUAUGAAUAAUAAACCCAUUGGUACCUGGCACAUAGAUUUUUAUUUAUUUUUAUUUUUUUGUUCUAAAAAAAAACCCAAACUGUAUUUUAAAUUGCAGUAUUGAAAAGAUGUCCAAGACUAAAUUUUUUUUUAACCAGCUGCCACUCCAGAUGUUGUAAUACUGUAAUUUGGUGAGGUGUUCAGUUCUGUUUGUCUACUUGUUGUUCCCUGUAUCUUCAUUAGUUGAUGUUAAUUGGUUAUAUCCAUUAUGGAAAGUGGAUCCAAUGUGUACAUUUGAUGUUGUGAAAUCAAAACAUUGGUGCAAACUUACCCUUGUUCAAAAUGUAUACCUGUCAAAUGUGCACGAACACUGCUUGUCAAUCAUAGUGUUUCUGUAUGCAGGUUUACAGAAUGUACAUUUAAGCUCUUGUUCAUCAAACCUUUAUGUUGUACUAAAGUUGGUUUAUAUUGGCCUUUCUGUGUCUGAUAACAAAACACUGGUGAGUCCUCUUGGAAUAAAGUGUUCAUACAUU